CAAUUCAUUAGCGUUCCGUUGUAUGUAAAGUAAAGUUUACAAACCAGUUCAGUUGCACAUUGCUAUAUUUCUCGCUUAUCAUCUCUUUUCUUGUACUGGUGUAUCAGGAUAUUCCGGAAGAAUUAAGUUGCUGAGUCCUUUAUUGACAAUGCGGCCGACUGCAACCGCGCUGUUUUUGUCAUUUUGCGGACUCCUCAGCGUAGAGAGUUCUGAGACGUCCGAUAUCUCAGAAAAUUCUUCAUUAAUUAAUAUUGCGCAAAUAAACAUAAAGUUGAACAAUGCCAAGUGCGAUCCCGACGCCAACCUCAAUACGCUGCAAAUGAUAAAAAAAGCGGGUUAUCCUGCGGAAGCUCAUAUUGUAUUGACAGAGGAUGGCUAUCUCCUAACGUUGCAUCGUAUUCCAGGUAGGAAAAACUCUCCGUCCGUGUUACUGCAACACGGUCUUUUGUCCAGCUCCAUCGACUGGAUCGUAUCUGGCAGGGAUAAAGCACUCGGUUUCAUAUUAGCCGAUCAAGGAUACGACGUUUGGUUGGGCAACUCUCGUGGUAAUACCUAUUCAAGAGCGCACAUUUUUCUGUCACCGUCAGAUUCGAAAUUUUGGGAUUUCAGCUUUGACGAAAUGGGCAUCUACGAUCUUCCCGCGACAAUAUUGCAUAUCAUGAGUGUGACAUCGCAACCGUUGCAUACUUACGUCGGUUAUUCGAUGAGCACGACCAGUUUUUACGUGAUGGCAAUAAAACGUCCAGAAAUCGCUAAAAUGGUGAAAGUGAUGAUCAGCCUCGCGCCUGUAGCCUUCACAGGAAACAUGACAAGCCCGUUGCGAUUUUUCGCUCCAAUUACAAGCUCUAUCGCGAUGAUUACGAGGUUUUUUGGUGCAGAUGAAUUUAUACCGCAGAACAGUGUAAUCUGGCAUAUUCUGGCGAGAUACGGAUGCAAUAUCGAUCUCUUUAGAAAAGAGAUCUGCGGUAACAUUAUUUUCACAAUCGCCGGCUUCGACAAAGAGCAGUUCAAUUAUACUUUGUUACCCUUGAUUUUGGCUCACUAUCCGUCCGGCACUUCAACAAGAACCUUAUUGCACUUCAGUCAGGAAAUAAAGUCGGGCAAGUUUUGCGCAUACGAUUUCGGAGAAAAUAAAAAUCUACGUAUCUACAAUGCGAAGCUACCACCCGACUAUAAUUUAUCGAGCAUCACAGUGCCGAUCGCGCUGAUCUAUGCCGAUAAUGACCAGUUAGCUACUAAAAAGGACAUAAAUAGGCUUCGUGGCUUGCUGACCAAUAUAGUGGAUGACUACAGGGUGCCACAUCCCAAAUUCAAUCACAUCGACUUCUUGUGGGCCAAAGACGCACCUACGCUGGUGUAUAAUAAAAUAAUAGAGAUCAUAGAAAAGGAAAGUGAAUUAAUAACAAAUUAUAAUUUGAACCAGGUAAAUCGGAAAUUUCUACGGAAAGUUGUUUAGCUCACAUUAUUUUUUUAUCCUUAAACAAUUAAAUUAAAACAAUACGCCUUUAAGUGAUUGUUGUUUCUGUCAUUAUAUCGCAGUAGACGGCAAGAAAAGCGGCAAAAUAGACAGAAAAUAUAAAAGUUACUAUCUUUUUAUAUUUGCGUUAAAUAAGAGUAUUUAAUAAACAGAUCUAAUUCUAACUUGCCGAUAAUCGCGCAAAACCAACUGCGAUUCGAUUGAUCGAAAAGUCGACAUUAAAGCGCAAUCCACAGAAUGCAUCAAUGUAUAGUAAGAAACUACUAGCCAAUCAUCUUACAGUAUAAAUCAUCUCGCUUCAGGUAAAACUGAUUGAUCCUCACGUUUCUUUCUUCUACUAAUAUUCUUGUAUCAAAUAUAGAAAAAAUAUCUAGUCGGUACCGAAUCGGACUGCAUUUUGAUACAUAUUUUAUUACACACAUUGCAUAACUUUCAGUAAUCUUUGUCAUCUUGUCGCUAAUUGCUUCUUUGUUGAAUAGAUUGUGUCAAAGUAGAAUUGUUCAAGGAGGCAAUUAAAUACUUUAAGUAAAAGCACGUCAAAUAAAUUUUUUGAUAUGCAACUAGUGCAUUAGUUUAAAUAGUUUAUCCUGAUAUGAAGCUUUAUGAAUUUAGGAGACUUGGUGCAAAGGAAAACAUCAAGUCUUGUUACCUCUUUUAGGCAUAUAGUUUCCUCUGUCCAAGAUAUUCAAUUCAAAAUCGAACAAGUAUGUAAGCCCCUUGAUUUUGGCAUUUAGAAGUCCUUUCAUAAUUUCAUAAGUUUUAAGUACGCAAAUUGAAUAUGACACUGCUUUCUCCACAUACUUUUGUAUUAAUGGUGCGUGUAAUGUGUUUCACACAUUUCUUUCUACAUUCUGUAAAAUCAUGUACUUAAUAACUUUUUAUAUAUUUUUUAACAUAAAAUUUACAUGAAAUAUACAAAUGUUAUAGUUUUAUCUCACCUCUAUUUCUUAAGUUAAUGUUUCAUCUUUACAUGCUAGUCCAUCCAGCAGUAUCAUUUUAAGAGCCUCACGUUGUAACAUACUAUAUAUAGAAGUUCCUUCGAAGGCACUGUAUAUGCAUAUUGUUAUUAUUGGUUAAUAAAUCAACUAUUACAACUGCUUCACUCUCCUAUGUUAACAAAAAUAAAGAAUGAUGACUGUGUAAAUAAUUAGAUGCUUGCUUCUAUUCAGAAUUCAUUUGUUUUUCAUGCUUGCAAAUUACUGCGCAUGUUUAGUUUAUUUUUACCAUACUCUGUUACUCACAUUAUUAAAUGAGAUUUCCAAGUUUAACAUAUCCAAAUCCUGAUUUUGUUGUCAUGACUCAUGGAAAUUGAUAGCUCUGGAUUAAUUGACUUACACCCAUUAUAAAGUGUAGAAAUUGUGGCUAUUCUGCUUUUAAAGUCUAACAGAAUACUGCAAAGGAUUGUUAUUAUUCUUCUAAUAAUAACAGUAAAAUUAUUGACAAUCCCUGUUACAAUUUUCCAUUUUGAUUAAAUGAGAAUGUUUUAAGUUGG